CGGAGGUAAAUGAGAAAGUCAUCGAAUCGACGUUGGCCUAGUUGUCCAAGGGAUCCGAGCAGACGUUUACACCCUUUGCCUCCAUCUACGCGCCCGGUACCGGAACAGCAUCUGGAAGGAAAAACUGUUGAGCCGGACAGCACAGAGGACGUAGUGGGAAGUGGGCAGCGGAUAAUCCAGGCUGAAAAAAGGUUGGAGAGUACUGCGAAAGAUCUUGAAGAAUCUUACGUAGACAAGAGUAUUGAGGCAGUUAAAGAAGGUAGCGAAAAAAGUGAAGACGACGAGUUGGAGAGUACUGCGAAAGAUCUUGAAGAAUCUAACGUAGACAAGAGUAUUGACGACGCACACGAAAGUAGCGAAGAAAGCGAAGAAGAGGAAAACGGGGAUAGCACUGACGAGGAGCAGUUAUUUGCAGAUACCGAUAGUGAUUCAGGUACUGGCAUUAUGCCUCCUCAGAUAAAGUUUUUGAGUCCCAAGGUCUUUAAGGCAACGCCGGAAGAUGACGCCUUCGACUGGCUUGAGCGUUACGAAUCAACGGGAGCGUACAAUCAAUGGGGCGAUACGGAGCUAAGGGCGAAUUUCAGCAUGUAUCUGGAUGGAGCGGCAAGAAAAUGGUACCUGUGCUCCACACUUCCGACGGAGUGGCGUGAUUUACCCAUACGACCGGGGGUUGGCCUCAACGCAGCUGAUCUUCCGGCAGUAACUGGAGUCAGAACACUGUCUUUGAAAGAGUUUCAGCAACAAAACUACAAGCUGUUCCAGGAAACACGCUUGCGGAACCGGGUUCAAGGUAUCGAAGAAGCGACAACUAACUACUAUUACGAUGUUAUUGAUCUUUGUAGGGUGGUGGAUCCAACAAUGGCGGAAGCCACCAAAGUCGACUAUCUUUUUUGGGGAUUACGGCCCUCGUUGGUCGAAAAAUUGUACCCGUUACAACCCAAAACAGGCGAAGAAUUUUUAGAGGCGGCGAAACGGUUUACUGAUGCCAAGCUCUUGGCCAAUAGACGAAACUGGCCGGACGCGGUGCUCGGGGUGGCAGCAACCAGAGUGGCGGAUGUUCCAAUUGAUUUCAUUCGGACCCUUCCAAAACCAGCUCCAACUGUGGCUGAUACGGAAUUAUGGAAAGUAAUUAAAGAACUGCAAGGUGCGGUAGAAAGUUUGAAGAUUCAAGCAACUCCACCUCCGCAGAGACCAGGAAACGAGAAGACAGUUACGUGGGGAGAGUCGGAGAGAAUCUACAGAAACAAUAACGGAGUACUCAAAUGUUACUGUUGUAACGGAACGGGGCACAUGGCCCGGAAUUGUUGGGAAAAUCCGCAAUCUGCUCGUUUCCGACAACGAUCCUACUCAGGUCCUCCUGGCCCACAGAGAGGGCCGUUGGGUCCUCCCGCGCCAAUCAACAUCGUGUCCCAGCUAGCCGAGACGACUGCAGAUUCAUCAUCACAGGAGGAGAUAAAGGAGCAACCUAUCCUUAGACUAGAUUUCAGCAAGCUGAUCAGAGAAGAAGUCACUUGUGGAACACGGCAAGUAAUGGCAGUCGUCGACACAGGGGCAGCACUGACAGUUAUAUCACCGGAGCUGCUACGUGCAUCCCAGUUCGUGCUGCGUCCAUGGGACGGACCGCGGGUGGUGAUGGCUAAUGGAGAACAAGCAACGUUGAUGGGAGCAGCCACCAUUUCGGUCAACCACAAAAUGGGAACAGCAACUGGCGAAGCGGUGGUAUUUGGGAUGGACGGAAUUGAUUUGAUUUUGGGCAAUGAUUUCCUGAAACAGUAUGGCAAAGUACAAAUCGAUUAUCGAGAGCCGAAGGCCUCAAUUACUUUUGGAGAUCAGCCUCUUGCAGCCAUUACAUCGCAGCGGACAGAUCACCAAACACGGUCGGUUAAAUUGAUUACCAACGCUGAUGUAACAAUCCCUUCUUUCUCAGUGGCCAAUGUGAUGACAGUAGCGCCAGCUUUAGAGGCGGAGAACUUUUGUUUCGAACCAUCAGGAAAACUUCUACAAACCAAGGGAGUGUCGGUGGGACACGCGUUACUGGCAGCCAAAGUGGAUUUCACCCCGUUGGCCAAUUUAACGUCGACUAGCGUGUGGAUUCCAAAGGGGACGACAUUGGGAGUCAUCAGUGGCUACGACGGAGAAGUGCUGAGCUGUGGCCUAACGACAAAAGAAGAGAACUCCCCAAUGACCAGACCACCAACAAAGGAAGAAGUGAAUCAGCGGAGGAGACUCAUAGACGACCUCAAAAAACAAGUAAAUCAUGGCAUUCCGAAAGACAAACGCCGCUGCAACAUAUCCGAACAUAACAUUGAAACGGGAGAUUCCCCGCCAAUCCAUCAGGCCCCGUAUGCCAGCGCGUGGAAGGCUAGAACCAUCGUGAACGAACAAGUAAAAAGUUUGGAAGAGGCGGGAAUUAUCGAAAUUUCGGACAGCUCGUGGUCCGCACCGGUGGUACUAAUCAGAAAGAAGGAUGGAACAUGGAGAUUCUGUGUCGAUUACAGAAAGCUGAAUUCAGUCACGGUACGGGAUGUUUAUCCUCUACCAAGAAUUGCGGAUGUGCUGAGUCGAUUGGAAGGAGCAGAAUUUUUUUCCAUCCUCGACUUACAAGCCGGAUAUCAUCAGAUUCCGGUGAGAGACGAGGACCGUCACAAGACUGCCUUCAUUACGGCUGAUGGGUUGUACCAGUUCAAGGUACUCCCAUUUGGCCUAUCGAACGGUCCCAGUUCAUUCCAGCGGUCCAUGGAUAUUAUACUGGCCGGACUUCGAUGGACAGCGUGCCUCGUCUACUUGGAUGAUGUUAUAGUGUACUCGUCAACAAUCGACCUCCAUGUCGAACGACUAAGGUUGGUAUUGGAGAGUUUAAAGAAAGCGGGCCUUAAGUUGAAGGUGUCCAAAUGUCAUUUUGCGGAAACCAGUUUGAAAGUAUUAGGUCAUGUAGUGGAUGCGGAUGGUAUUCGUCCAGACCCGGACAAAUUAGCAGCGGUAAAGGAGUUCCCACCGUGCAACGAAGGAAAGACGGUGGCUCUUAAAGUGAAGAAAGUACAGAGCUAUCUUGGCCUGUGCUCUUAUUAUCGUCCACACAUCAAAGAUUUUUCUAUAAUUGCACGCCCGUUAAUUUUGUUAACCAAAAAGGAUGCAGUGUUUGAUUGGGGUCCUGACCAGGAGUCCAGCUUCAACACACUGAAGCAAGCGCUGCUUGCAGCCCCAGUCCUGGCUCAUCCGAAUUAUGACCUACCAAUGGAAAUCAUUCCCGAUGCCUGUGGCUAUGGCAUUGGUGCGGUAUUGGCACAACGAGUGGAAGGGCAAGAACAUCCGUUGGCCUAUGCCAGCCGCCUGUUAAGCAGCUCCGAAAUAAACUACAGCAUCACCGAGAAAGAAUGCCUGGCCUUGGUUUGGGCCUUAAAAAAAUUUAAAGGUUAUGUAUGGGGAUGCAAGAUCGUGGUAGUUACAGACCACCAGGCGCUGUGUUGGUUGUUAACCAAACGAGAUCUCGCUGGACGGCUACUCGUUGGAGCUUGUCGAUACAGGAGUAUGACAUCGAAAUCCGGUAUAGAAGCGGAAAACUCCAUGACAACGCAGAUUGCCUCUCGCGAUGCCCUUUACCCGUGA